CAAGGUCAAGUUUAAGUUUACUGAAGCAGCUGUUUACCGUAUAGAGGAGAACCUUACUCACUGUCCUUUGGGAGAACGCUGCCUACUUAGUAAUGCCAGCUGUGAACUCGCGAGGCUUGCAGUGAGAGAGAAACUGGAUACAUUUGCGUAGGGCAGAACCUCUACAAGCCUUCCAGGCAGUCUGGCUACGAUCACUGAGAAACGAGCAGCAGAUGUUUUGAUCAGCUUCGCCGUCUGAGGAAUUACUACGCACAAGGCCGCUGACGUCUUAUAACAGUCGCGACUCGGUGUUUAAGUGAGGAAAACACCGUUGCUUAAAGUAGGAGGGACCUUGGAACAAGGAAGUAUUCGGCUGUCUGACUCAGAGGCGGUGUGUCACUGGUCCAAACCACGCCGUCGGAGCUCUUAAAACCAAGCCUGUAUAUCUUUAUCGUCCACACAAAGAUGUCGGGACUGAUCAUGAAGCCUACAGCUACAGAGGGAGAGUUUCCUACCGUUAUCGUGACUUUGAUCGAGAUGAACGGGACAUUUGCCGAUAAUGAGACCGCUGGACUCAACAACAACGUUCUUUUCGCGUCGGAUGGUCUGUCCGCAGCGUUCCAGAUGUUCUACCUGGUCCUGGCCAUGACUCUCUGUGUGGUUGGCAACAUGGCGGUCAUAAUUGUUGUCGCGUACGACAAGAAGUUACGGAAACCCGGGAACUAUCUACUCUGCGGGCUGUCGUGCGGGGACAUCGUGCAGAGUCUCAUCUUCGUCCCGACAGCUCUCAACGUUCUCACGCGAGGGCUGGAUCACGUCCCGACUCCGGCCGUGUGCGUGUUCCAGGGCGCGCUGUUCCAGGUCGCCUGCGUGUUCUCCCUCAACGCGCUCAGCGCGAUCGCUUUCGACCGCUACCAGUUCAUCUGUAAUCCACUCCACUACCAGACCAAGAUGACCAAAGGAAAGAUCGCGGGCAUGCUGGUCGUAUGUUUGAUGUUAGGAAUCGUGGCCGGCAUCGCGCCCUACAUAGAGGGGCAGACGUACGAGUACAUGCCGGGGUAUCUCAUGUGUCGGUACCGCGGCUCCUUAGGGGCAGACAGAGUCAUCAUGACUGUUUGCUGCUUCAUCCCUACAGUCGUGAUCAUGACUUACGUCUACGGGAACAUCUUCAGAGAAGCGCGGAAACACCAGAAGCGGCUGCGGCAAAACUCGAACAAGUCUUCCCCGCAAGAAGCCGAAUUCCGCCGGGGACUGAAAACAGCCGUUACGAUAGGCAUCGUGUUCGUUAUCUUCUGGGUCAGCUGGCUUCCCUUCCUUGUCACAACAAUCUACUUAAACUACAAGGACAACAAGGACCUGACUACAGUAGAGUGGUUAGCGCAGCGGAUUUCUCCAAUGGUGUACAUUGUAUCCACCUUCACGAACCCGAUUAUAUAUUGUUUCAGAAACAGGACUUUUCUUAAAGCGUUGUGCAAACUCGCGGAGAAGACUUGCGGGAGAAAGAAAGACAGUUUCAUGUUGGACAAACGUUUGUCUAUUAGAAUGAAACAAAGGAAACUUCCAGCGAGAUCACUUUCUUCGGAAAUGAGUUGAGUUUCUAUCUAUUUACGUUGUA